CCAGUUUCCACAGAAGUCACCUUCCUUGAAGCAAGGCACCAUGACCAGCCAGUCUCAGGGGAUCCAACAGCUCCUGCAGGCAGAGAAAAGAGCCAAGGACAAGCUAGAGGAAGCAAAGAAAAGGAAAGGGAGGCGACUGAAGCAAGCUAAGGAAGAAGCCGUGGCCGAGACUGACCAGUACAGACUACAGAUGGAGAAGGAGUUCCGCCUGAAGCAGUCCAAGAUAAUGGGCUCUCAGAGCCACCUCUCGGAUGAAAUAGCAGAGCAAACACUAGAGAAGAUAAAAGAGUUGAACAGGAGCUACAACGCAUGUAUGGAGACUGUGAUGAAUCAGUUGCUGAGCGUGGUGUGCAGCCUGCAAGCAAAAGUUCCUGUGAACUAUAGAGCCACCAACUGAACGCUCUUCAUGCUUCCAAGCAGGUGGCGUGGAGGACGAGCUCUCUCACUAUGAAGAGAUCGGAAUUGUGCACCUGACGCUUACUGAACACCAACAAACUUUCAUGUCACAUGUCUCAUGAAUGCACUGAAUUAAAGACGAAAUAUCACCGUGUCAUCUCCCCUGGCAGUAGGUGUGCCUGGCAUUUAAUAUGAAGCAAGUUAAGAAAGGGAGGAACUUGAUUUUUGACACAUGAGCAGAAAACAAUCACCAAAGCCUUCUUAAGGUGUAUUUUCACACUUCUUUUCGUGGGCUAGGGAGAUGAUCUAGUAAUGAUCUUUAAAAGGAGAGCAUAAUUAUGAUCCUUAUAGACAUCUAAAAUGAAUACGCCAAGACUUUAGUUAAUCAGUCAAUGAGAAAAACCGUAAGAUCUCAUUGUUAGUUCAAAAAACCAUUUUUAAGAUCUUUGUGGGAAGAGAGACAGAAAGAAAUAAUUUGACAGGUCGCCCUAGAAGAAAUGGAUUCCAUCGUUGUUAUAUUUACCUAACUACAGGCAACAUAAUGUUAUUCUCUUUUAAGCAUAUUUUUGAAAAAAAUAAUUUUGAAAAAUUGAUAAUAUGAUAGUAUAAGACACCUGGACAGAUUUUUUAGUUUGUAAAGAAGUGAGGCUCGAACAUAAUGAAUUAGUAUGCCCUUGUCAUGAUCUCUGUAUUCCUGAGCUGAAUUUCUGAGAGCUGGGUACUUUGUCAGUUCAAUGUAUUAAAUUACCUUAGUUCUAGGUGUAGAGGAAGUGUAAUUCCCUUCUCAUAAUAGCCAUGAGAGCCUCGGGAUUUUAUGAGUUGCCUGGGAAACAAUGACACAGGACAUCACCCUAGAAGUGUGACACCUGUGUCCAGUCCUUUCCCCUGCUGCCAAGCUCCCUUCCAGGAAGGCUUCUGAAUACCACUGAGGACAGCAGAUGUUAGAAGUGCUGCGUUUUGCUUUUGAUUUUAGACAAGUUCUCUCUAUAUAGCUCCGUAGACCUGCUUUGCCUUCUGAGUCCUGGAAAUAAGAUAUUCAGCAUUACUUUUACUAGCAUUGGAUCUUCAAACACUAUAUGUAGACAAAUUUUCACUCCAGUGCAAUCAGAGGUUAGUAAACAUUAUUAUCAUUUCACACAUUUUAGAUCUCAGAAACAUUCAACUUUAUAUUCAAGUUUGAUGAACAGGAGGAAAUUGAAAUUCCAUGUCAUUCUUUACUUUUCCAACUUCAUGAAUAAGAAAAACCAAUCCAGUUAGUUUCUGGGCUUUAUGUGAUAGAUUUUUCCAUUAUACCAAAAAAAAUACCUUAUUCCUUAAUAAACAGAAAAGUCCAAAACAUU